UCAACUUAAUAAUUCGUAAUACGGUAUUGUGUACGUAGUAUUGAUAUUUAGUAUUAUAUUGGUCUGUAUAAGUUGUGGUACUGUGCAUUUCUUCACUAAACGUAUUGCAGUUUUUUUUCCGAAUUAGAUACAGUUACAGUGGCUGUCGUUAUCUUCAUCUUGUAUGACUGUCUAAGAUAUUAGACAUUACCUUAAUAAAUCAUGAUGUAAAAUUUAGAUUUGAAAAUUAAUCGGUAUUUAGAAAUGAGUACUGCAAGUGCUGUCUAGAUCCAAUAUAUAAUAGGAGUAGGUAGUGAAAGUGUAAUAUUUUCGGCUUAUAAUAACUCGUCUAUUUUUAAUUUCUUCCGGAUUAAUAAUUUAAUAUGGCUGAAGCACAUUCAGCUGUAGCAUUUUCUUUUGCUAUUACCCAUGAUGGUUUAGAUGUUAACUUUGACCGUGAAGUUCUCUAUCUAGUAUGGGAGUCUGGCUUACGCUCCUGGAAGAAACGACUAGCUCGCUUCCGAAACAGCAUUCACAAUGGUGUAUACCCAGGACACUUACAGUCGUUAUAUGUGCUAUGGACACUGCUUGUGGCUGCACACUUUGGUGGAUUUAAUAUUCCAUUUGAUCUAGUACAAAAAGCUUUGUCAAUCUUACCAGGGGAUUCUACAAUGUGGCAAGUAAUUGCUUGUCUAUUAGCAGCUCUUACAAUGUGGCUUACUGUCAUCUUUAUGAUGAGGUACAUCCUAAAGCUGCUUUUAAUGUACAAGGGAUGGAUGUACGAGUCCCGUGCCCCUGGCUCAAGAAUAUCUGUUAAGACAAUGAUCUGGGUGAGCGUAGUAAAAGUGCUGUCUGGUUGGAACAAGCCACGCCUUUAUAGUUUUCAAGGAUCACUUCCACGACUGCCUUUACCAUCUGUUCAAGAUACAAUGAAUAGGUAUCUACUGAGUGUACGGCCACUUCUCGACGAUGAAAACUAUAAAAGAGUGGAGCUUCUUUCAAAGGAUUUCGAAGAAACAAUUGCUGUUAAACUUCAGAGAUAUUUAGUGCUGAAGUCCUGGUGGUCCAGCAACUAUGUAUCAGACUGGUGGGAGGAGUAUGUUUACCUGCGAGGUCGCUCACCUCUCAUGGUCAACUCAAACUUCUAUGGAACUGAUACAUUAAUGCGUCCCACUUCCAUUCAGGCGGCCAGAGCUGGAACAAUUAUUCACUUCGUUCUUAAGUUCCGCAGGCUUAUUGAGAGACAAGAAUUGGAACCGAUAAUGCUCCAGAACAUGGUUCCCUUAUGUUCCUGGCAGUACGAAAGACUAUUUAACACAGUACGUGUCCCAGGGAUAGAGACUGAUAAAUUAGUUCACUACCAGGACUCCGCGCAUAUCACCAUUUACCACAAAGGGAAGUACUUCAAAGUUGUCGUAUACUCAAGGGGUAGAUUGCUCAAUCCAGCAGAAAUUCAAAUUCAAAUCCAACAUAUAUUAGAGGAUAAAACGGAGCCAUGUAUCGGUGAAGAGCGGGUAGCAGCCUUAACCGCUGGUGAGCGUUCCCACUGGGCUCAUAUCCGACAGACAAACUUCAAUCGUGGCCAUAACCGGACCUCUCUGCAUUGUAUUGAACGAGCUGCUUUUAAUGUUUGCUUAGAUGACAAGGAAUAUGGAUUCAACGAAGACGACCCUUCAACAUUGGAUGACUAUGGCCACACGUUAUUACACGGAAAAGGCCACGACCGUUGGUUCGACAAGUCCUUCAAUCUUUGCUUCAGUACUAGUGGAGCGGUCGGUUUCAAUACUGAGCAUACUUGGGCGGAUGCGCCGGUCAUGGGUCACCUUUGGGAGUACGUUAUACUAACUGAGCUCACAUAUGGAUAUUUACAAGAUGGUAACGCACGUGGUACAGUCGAGGCACCACCGCCUACCCCUGUACGCUUACAAUGGGAUCUUAAUAAUGAAGAAUUGCUUCAAAACAUAGAUAUAUCGUACAACGUAGCCCAGAAGUUACUCAAUGAUGUCGACCUUAAGAUACUACACUUCACUAAAUACGGAAAAGGUUUCAUGAAAGGCCUCCGAGUGUCCCCGGACGCUUUCAUACAAAUGGUGCUGCAAUUGGCUUAUCACCGUGACGCCGGCCAUUUUUGUUUGACAUACGAAGCUUCCAUGACUCGCUUGUUUCGUGAGGGACGCACUGAAACGGUCAGGUCGUGUACUAUUGAGAGCUGCAAAUGGGUGAAGUCAAUGGAAGAUCCCAAGGCUUCGGUCACAGAACGGCUGGAGUUGUUCUUGGCAGCGAGUGAGAGGCACAAAAUUGGAUGUCAGGAUGCGAUGACAGGCCGCGGCAUCGACCGUCAUUUGUUCUGUCUCUACGUUGUCUCGAAGUACUUGGAAUUGGACUCGCCGUUCCUGCAAGAAGUGUUUAAUGAACCGUGGAGGCUCUCUACCAGUCAGACACCUUAUGGUCAAACAAGCCUUUUGGACCUAAAGAAGUACCCCAAGUGUGUAGGCGCAGGUGGUGGUUUCGGCCCAGUAGCUGAUGACGGAUAUGGUGUCUCCUACAUCAUUGUAGGCGAAGACAUGCUUUUCUUCCACGUGUCCAGCAAAAAGAGCUGCCCUGUUACGAGCUCCAGCAACUUCGUGACACAAAUUGAGAGAUCACUCGUCGAUGUCCAAGAAUUGUUCUACGAGUACCAGAAAAUAAAAAAGGUUAAGUAAAAUAUAUAUACGGAAUUUUAACACAAAACGCCUAGUUUAUAUCAGAUUUUUCCUAAUAAUCAGCGCAACAUAUCAAUGCAAAUUUGCUUUAAGGUGACAUUGUUUUAGUGUAUGUCACACAUAAAAUUACGUGGAAUUGUAUAAAAUAUAUUUUUUGAUACACGGAUACACUUGUUACGGAAAGAUUUUUACAUACAGUUUAUAAAAGAACCUAUAUAUGGGAAUUCAUAUUGUCCACGCUCUAAGAAUAUUCUGCACUGGAGUUGAGCAUUUAUAUUAUUGGGUUUAUUAGGGAUGUCCCAUAUAAUUUAGAUCAAUUUUAUAUUUUUAAUAGUAAAUGGGUAUCGAGACCGUCCGAUUAAUUUUGCAUAAUAAUUUAUUUGUCAUGUAUAAACUUUGCUGUGAAGCAAAAAAUUAUUAUGAAUUGUUUUAUUAUUUUAAGUAAGCAUCGCCGUGGAUAUAUCAGAUAUAUUGGGUUUGAUAUACUGAAGGCCCAAUUAAGAGACGGGACCUAAAUGAUAUUAAUCAACUUUUUUCUAUUAUAUUUAUACAAUUAUUUUAUUAUAUAUAAAUCCUUUUCAUAUCUGUAAUAUCAACAUAUAUAUAAUAUACAUAAAAAUAAAGAAUUCAGCUGUCUCUUUCUCUCACAAUUUGACAGGGAGACGAAAAGUUGAGGAAUAUUGUUUAUGAAUAAGGGCGAUACGUUAAGUAAUGUAAUUUGAAAUGGUUCUAUGUAACAUUGAUGAGCGUAAAAUAUUUUUGGAUCAAUUUUUCUCUGUAUUUCUAACGGUUUCCAAAAACAGGGUACCUACCUACCUAUAGAUAAUAGAGGUGUAUACUAAUUUGAAAAUACAUCGACAAUUUACGCCAUCCAUCUUAAAAAUAACGGUGUCAUUAAUAAAAUAUGAUGCAUUUCAGAAUGUAAAACGUAAGACGGAACGUUGCGUUUUGUGAUUGGUCAAACGUGCGCGAUACUGUUGACACAGAACUUCUAAGUUUGACAGCGUUACAUAUAAAUUUAAUUAGCAUUUCUGACUUUUGUUUUGCCGUUAAAUUUGGUUUCAAUUAGACGAAAGCUAAAAGUAGCUAUUAUAAGUUUUAUGCAUAAAUUUUUUGGCUUAUAAACCUUUUAUUGAAAUGCUGCCGACUAUUUUAUGAAUAAACCUGUAACAAUAUAUAAAAAUGUUAACAUUAUUACAAGUUUAUAUUAUGGUGUUAGGUUAAGUAAAUGGUAAAGGUUUUAAAAAUUAGACUUAAGAAAAUCAAUUUGAUUAUAUAUAACUUUUAUAAAAGAUAUACUCAGUAUAACCUACCAUGAAAAUCUGGGAAAUAGGGAAAUGGAACAAAAUUUUUGAUAAAAUAUUUUAUGGUACAAAUUUUUAGAACAAUGGUAAUUAAAAUAUUAAAUAAUUUAAAGAUUUUUAUAAAUAGAAUGUUUUUUUCCUGAAUUCUAAUUAUAUUUGUGUGUUUAAUUUGAUUUAAUUAAGUUAUCAAUAUUUGUACUAAUUACUGUAUAUGAAUGUUUAAAUUGUCAGGAAUAUUAAAAGUAUCAUGGAUGAUAUUUAAUUACUAUUAUCUUUAUUUGUAGUUUAUUGAAAUGAUUAAAUUAGUAUUGAUUUUAAA